AUGGAAGCAUUCAGAAACAUCGAGCUGCCUGAAAAUGUGACGCAAGAGCAUAUUCAACACGCCUGGCAGCACUUGGAUGACCUUGCCAGAAAUGACCCCAAGGGAUACCAAGAAAACUUUAAAUCGAUUCUCAAUAACCACAAGAAAAUGGAAGAAUCCGCCAGGAUUGUUGAGCCAGGAAUUGCCGUUUUUGCUACUGGAACACUUGCUAAUGGAUCUAAUGUGCAUAUAUUAAACAUUGGCAGAUCUCGUGCUGUACCAGUAGAAACUGACCCCACCAAUGUACCUGUCGUCAUGUCCAAUCCAAGAGUAUAUGUCAACAUGAAAGGCAGCGUUUCAAAUGUGUACGACGCAGUAUUUAGUUAUCAAGUAAUUGAUAAAUGCAAAACAAACGAAUCUUACCGUAAAGAUGUCUUGAACCUUGCAGUUAGCUGUGUCAAGGAAACGUUCAACUUUGAUUUGGACACCGCAUCAUUUCAAAUGAAACAUGACACAUACUUUGGACCGUAUGGAUGGAAUGACAAAACUGGUAAACCAAUAGAAACAAGCGACUCGAGUCAAAACCACGAAACUGAUUUUUCAAAAUUCAAUGUUCUUUCAAGCCCCUCUGAUUACCUAAAGCAAACUGUGGACAAAGAUGUUUCAGAAGCAGCAGAGCAUGUUUCUAUUCCAGGAAUAUCCAUGGGCUGCAACCCAGCAUUCCAAAAAGUACCAUUUAUUACUACUGUAGAGCCGGCUGAUCAACCAAAAAAGCAGGCAUCUACUGCAAGAUCUGAUCAAACUUCUUUGACCAAACCCAAAGUAUUGAUUCAAGAGCUUACUGAUGGAGUUGCUAAUACCACUCUUGGUGCAGAACCAACACCAUUAAUUCAAGAAAUUGUCAAACCAAUCGUGUCUCGACCAAAGUGUGCUAUUAAAGACGCGGAUACUUUUUUGGAUAUUGUGAUUCUGCUACCAGAGAUACGCUCAUCUACGGACAUUGUGUACGUUUUGCAUGAACGAAAACUGAUUUUGGAUACCCGCUCUGAUCAAAACUAUGCUACGAUUUACCACCUUGAACUGAAUCUGCCAACUCAGAUCCAGCCGCAUACAGAAACCAGUAAAUUUCAUACAGUUCGCAGACAAUUAGUGAUUCGCGUUGAAAAGUGCUCAACUCUUAUUUUCCAAGACAGUAGUAAUGGAAUACCGACUGACUUGAGCAAUUGA